AUGUGUAUAAAUUGGAUCACGUACAGAAAGCCGACUGGAAUCAUGCUUGAAGUGCAAGUAAUCUCCAGGAAAAUUAUCAAACCUUUUUUUCCAACCCCUGAUCAUCUUCAAUAUUAUCAGUUUUCCUUUCUUGAUCAAAUCUCAUCUCCCAAAAUGUAUAUUUCUCUGAUCCUCUUUUUUGAAUUCAAUGGCAAGGCACAACCCAACAUCACAGAAAUUUCCAAGCACCUUAAGAAGUCGUUAGCUGAAGUCUUAGCCCUCUUUUAUCCCUUAGCAGGUCGAGUCCAUGACAACCUGCAUGUAGACUGCAGCGACCAGGGCGUUCCUUUCCUUGAAGCUCACGUCAAAAACUGUAAACUCUCUGACAUUCUUGCCAAUCCAAUCCCCGAUGAACUCCCUAAGUUGGUUCCGUUUGAACUUGAUGAUAGCGAACAUAAAAUCCCGCUUGGGGUCCAGCUCAACGUCUUUGAAUGCGGAGGGUUUGCUAUUGGUCAAUGCAUUUCUCACAAGGUUUCAGAUGGGUUAUCCAUGCUCAUGUUCACCAAAGCUUGGGCAGCCACAGCUCGACGAGCCUUGGGAGAUCACCAAGCCGUAAUCCACCGUCCAGAAUUCAUUUCUGCCAUACUGUUCCCACCCAAGUUGCUUGCAGAGACGAGCGUUGGUCUCGCAAAGAACAAAAUGACAAAGAGGUUUGUGUUUGAUGCCUCUAACAUUGAGCAUCUCAGAGAAAAAUAUGUGGAAGGAGAAAGGCCAACACGCAUCGAGACCUUGACGGCUUUCAUCUGGAGCCGUCUUGUGGCGGUCACUAAGGAUAAUGGUAUUCCUGAUCAUAAGAAGUCACACAUCGUCAGCCAUGUUGUGAACUUGCGUCGCAAGUUUGAUCCACCUUUGUCGCCACGCACUUACGGAAAUGUAAUCAGUCUUGCUGAUUCAACUCCUUCUUUGUUGAAUACUAAGGAAGAAUGUUAUGGCCUUGCCAAGCAGGUUCGAGAAGCAGUAAGAAAAAUAGAUAAGAGUUAUAUAAAAAAACUACAGCAGGGUCAUGAUGUUCAUAGGACUAGUGAUGGUAGUAGCAUUACAUCUCUCUUCUCUAGUUUGUGUCAUUUUCCUUUGUAUGAUAACGAUUUUGGUUGGGGAAGACCAUCAUGGGUAUCAAUGGGAAUACCGGGACUCGAAUUCGACAAUGUUGUUGUUUUCUUUGACACCAAGGAUGGUGAUGGAAUAGAGGCAACCAUCUCUUCAACCGAUGAAGUCUUGAGCAAACUCGAAAGUGACAACGAGUUUCUCAAACGAUUGCGCUCGAGUUGGGUCAGUUCCAGCUUAAGCCUAACUCCUAAGGCAAUCACAACGGCAAACAUACACACCCGCAACCAAUCGAGUAUGAUCAAGAAGCCUAGUGCACAAACUAAACCACUUAGAUGGGGUUCAGGUUCCGUUAAAUUAUUUGGUUUAGCUCUCAAGGUUUUUAGAAAGAGAUAG